UCUAGCAGCCUUUUUCCCUCGAGUCGUAUCUCUUCGAACACGUGGGAGAGGAAUCGUGGUCCUUUUUUUUGCGGGCUUGUUGUAAUCACUUCGAAAAUGGCGAAGUCUGACACUUCCAAGAAGGAAAAGGCAGUAGAUGUAUCUAAAAAGCUUGACAAAGAGAAAAAGUCGAAGGUUAAGGAACAGAAACCUCAUGCAAUUAAUGGAACAAAGAAAGUCAAGGCUAAAAUCCAGAAAAAGGCAGGUAAAGGAAAACCAGAGAAGCCUCCUCCAGUUCAGCCCCCUUCAGACUCGGAUGACUCAAGUUCAGAUGAGGAUGAAGCUGGGUCAAGAAAACAAGCUAUCUUUAAAGAUCAAAAGAAGGAAAAACUCGGUGCACCACAAGUGCGGGGAAUUGAAAACACACAAGGAGACACAUCAAGUGAUGAGUCCUCCUCAAGUGAUAGUGAAACAGCCAUGAAGGUAACACCACAGCAGACAAAAGCACAGUCUUCAGACUCUUCUGAUUCUUCAGAUGACAACAAGAAAACAAAAAUUACCACAAAGAAGAAGCUUAAAAAGAAAACUGAGCAAAAGAAGUCAAAUGGGAAACCAGCUGGAGGAGUGGCUGUUGAACCACCUGCUGAUUCAAGCUCUGAUUCAUCAGAUGAAGAAGAAAAGAAACCUCUCAAAUCACAACAAGUAGUGAAGAAACCUCCUCCUAAGAGGGCAUCAUCAGAAUCCAGCUCAGAUUCCUCUGAUGAAAAGGAAGGAAAACAAAAAGCAGGGACAGAGAAUGGAAUUAAAAAAAAAAAGACACAGCCUAAAGCAGCCUCUUCUGAAUCCAGUUCUGACUCUUCUGAUGAAGAAGAGGAAAAAACAAAAGCAGGCCCAGAGAUGAAGAAUAAAAAGAAUGCAGUCAAAGUUAAAGCAGCUUGCUCUGAAUCCAGCUCAGAUUCUUCCGAUGAAGAAGAGGAAAAAACAAAAGCAGUCCCAGAGGUUAAGAACAAAAAGAAUGAAGUCAAACCUACAGCAGCAUCCUCUGAAUCCAGCUCUGAUUCUUCUGAUGGAGAAGAGGAAAAAUCAAAAGCAGCUAUAGAUACUAAGAAUAAAAAGAAAGAAGUGAAUUCUAAGGCAGUUUCCUCAGAGUCCAGCUCUGAUUCUUCUGAUGAUGAAGAGGAAAAAUCAAAAGUAGUUGCACAGAUGAACAAUAAAAAGAAAGAAGUGAAAACCAAGAAAGCUUCUUCUGACUCCAGCUCAGAUUCAUCAGUUGAAGAAGAAGAAAAAUCGAAAGGAGUCACAGAGAUAAAAAAGAAAAAGAAAGAGGUGAUAACCAAGAAAGCUUCCUCUGACUCCAGCUCAGAUUCUUCAGAUGAUGAAGAGGAAGGACCUAAAGUAACAAAAACUCAGAAAGGAAAUAAUAGUAAUGAAGUGAAACCUCAAGAAACAUCUUCUGAUUCUAGCUCUGAUUCUUCUGACGAAGAAGGUAGACAGAAAAGAAAUAAAAAUGGAACUAAAAGCUCCAGUAAUAGGGCCUCAAAGGAAACCAAUGAGAAUUUGAAGUCUGAAUCAGAUUCAAGGAGUGAGAAUGAAGAUGAACCAGCUGCUGAGGAUACAACCCAGGCCAAGAAACGAAAGAACAAUUUUCAUGAGGAACCAGUCAAGGCCAAGAAAUCCAAGAAGCUGAAGGAGCCUUUGAUAGAAAAUGAGGAAGGAUAUAAACAAAAAAGAAAGGCAGACACUUAUGGUGAAGAUUCUGGAGGCAAGAAAUUUAAACAAGAUGAUGAUGUUACUGAGAAAAUUUCACUGUAUGUGGGAAAUUUGUCUUUUGACACCACUGAGGAAAGCCUGCGGGCUCUGUUUGAGGACAAUGGUGCAACCAUAGAAGAAGUGAGAAUCAUAACAAGAGAUGGAUUGUCCAGAGGAUUUGGCUAUGUCGAUUUUUCAAAUCAUGAAGAAAGUCAAAAGGGAUUGGAACUUGAUGGUUCAGAACUUGAUGGCAGAGCGUUAAGAGUCAAUUUAGCAGAGCAAAGACGCAACCAAAAUGAGAGAGGACAAGGAAACUCGCGAGGCAGAGGUGGUUCUAACAGAGGCCGUGGUAAAAGUACUCCAUCAACCACCUUGAUAUGCCUUGGUCUAUCGUACAACACAGAUAAUGACUCAUUAAGGGGAGCUUUCCCAGAUAGUGUCAGCGCACGAGUCAUCACUGAUAGGGACACAGGCAAUCCAAGGGGUUUUGGUUAUGUGGAGUUUAACAGUAUUGAGGAUGCACAGUCUGCAAUAUCCACAAUGGAAGGACAAGAAUUGGAUGGGCGUUUCCUUCGACUUGAUUUUGCAGAACCAAGAGGCUCCACACCUGGGAGUGGAGGUGGUAGAGGUGGCGGUAGAGGUGGUAGAGGAGGAGGAAGAGGUGGCUUUGGAGGCAGAGGAGGGGGAAGAGGGCGGGGAAGAGGAGGAUCUCCCUUCAGUGCCUCACGUAAAGGAAAUAUUCAGGAAUACAAAGGGACAAAGAUCUCAUUUGAUGAAUAGGUGGCUGAUACAUUUGGCCAAUUUUACCAUAUACCAUAAUGUGUAAAAAGUUAGAGGCUAUGGUUUAGAGUCUUUCUUCGCGCAUUCCAUCUCUGUGUUAGAAACUUCAUUAAUCCAUUAGAGGCGUAAUACUUAUCAGCAGAGUGUGAAUUUCUUAGUGAAUCAAAGAAAAUGUUCUAUAUUUCGCUAAAACAUAUUAACAACACCUGGCACAAACCCAAAGACAGAUAGAAUGCGUAGUAAUUAUUUAUAUCAGUGAGAACUUAAUAAUUACACUCGUCAUUUUAAUACCGUGAGAUUUUAUUGUUUUUAAAUUCUCUGUCAAAUUUGUAAUUGGUAGGUAAUCUAAACGAUUUGUGAAAGAAAGCGUUGCGUUUUUUUCUUGUUAAUAUCAGAAAAUUGAGCGGCAGACGUUUACCGCCACUCGUGAACAAUGCCCAAAAAGUCUCCUCUUUUCCAGUUGUGGAAAGUGCAAAUAGUAAAUGCAAUUGUCUUUGGUUUAAUUUUUUUGAUCCCUUAGUUUUAUUCACUUUCCAAACGUUCCAAUGAGAGGUUUUCAUAGUUUGUAGGUGGAGUGGAGAUAUCUGUAUUAGAAGUGUAUCCCUUUCAACACCACUGAAAGCGUCUAAAGAGUAUUGAAAUAGGUCUGAUAUUACUGACUGCUGUGAUUUGUAACACAAUAGAUAAUUCAAUAAAGUAUGAUUUACUCUGAA